CUGGGUUGCAAAACUUGGUUGAAUUUCUUCCUUAUCUGCUUAGUGAGACCUCCUCUGCUUUCUUGCGGCACCUUCAUUGGCAAAAGGCAAAGGGAAAAAAAAUCAAAAUAAAAAAGGCCUCACACUCCAUGGCAAAGCAUUUGCUGUGGCCUUAGAAGGAAAUUCAAUUAUGGGGCCCACUAGGGUAAACAAACAGUAUAUGUUUUAUCUUUCUGUAAAUAAGUUGAGUUGAAUUGAAUAAUUUUCACUUUGCCAAACGCACAUUUUUGUUUCGUUGUACUGCGUUCAUGAAUCUCCGAAAAAAGAAGAAGGAAAAACUUCAUAUGAGCAAUGUCAGGACUAACAACUUUAGUUGAUCGAUUGAUCCAACGGCAUGCAUCACAUAAAUAGAAGAUAGCGUAGUACGUAGAUGUGUCCGAUCUGCAUCGUCUAUAUAGGUCCCAUGCUGAUCAGUAGAUGAGUGCAGUGGUCGAAGAAGAAUAAGAAGAAGCAAAGAAAGUGAGAUUAAUAUAAAAAGAUGGUGAGAGAGUACCACCCUUUGUUAAGAGGGGGAAGGAGAUCUUCAGCUGGUUACAGCCAUGGCUUCUCUCCUUCUCAGAUUCAAGCUCUUGCUUCUAUGUGUGAAACCCUCAUUCCUUCGUUAGAACUCGAGGCGGGUGCGACGAAGCCACUCAAUUAUGAGGCCAUGAGUUCCUUCUACAAAGCUUCCGGUUCUCAGCCUCCAAUCCCAGAUGAGGUUGCCGAGCUUCUGGUUAGACGGGCCCAGCCAAAGGUUGUGUUUAUUGUGGGCUUAGUCCUGGAGAUGUUGUCUUGGAGGAUUGGGACACUGCUGCUCUGUGGGUUCCUUUGCUUGGACUGGAAACAUUGGCCUUUCGUCCUCAACUUCUCCGAGAUGCCUCUCGAUAGACGUGAAACGAUCCUCGCCAAGUGGUCCCGCGAGAGGUUUCUGACUCCCUUGCGGGCCCUUUUCGUGACGGUCAAGCUGUGCUGCAUGUUCAUUUUCUUCACAAUAACAGAUGAUAAUUCGAAGAAUGUUGCUUGGGAAGCAAUUGGAUAUAGCGUGGAUACCAGACCGAGCCCAGCCGGGUCCCGAAAGGAAAGGCCACUCCAACGAGGCCUCAUUGAGACCAGCAUGUUCGAGGACGAGCAAUCCCUCGUCCAGUCUCUCACCAAUAAAGGCCUUGAACUGUCCAAUAUCCCGGAACACAACACCCUCAAGAUCACAUGUGAUGCUGUGGUGAUCGGGUCCGGAUGCGGAGGAGGCGUUGCAGCAGCAGUUCUAGCCCAAGCAGGCCACAAGGUGGUGGUCCUCGAGAAGGGGAGCUACUUUGUGGCCCAAGACUACUCAUCCCUUGAAGGUCCGUCCUUUGACCAAUUAUAUGAGUCUGGGGCGUUACUGUCGACCUCCGACGGAAAAAUUGUAAUCCUAGCUGGCUCGACUGUGGGCGGUGGUUCUGCUGUGAAUUGGUCGGCCUCAAUUAGGACCCCUGACAACAUCCGGAAGGAAUGGUCGGUGGACCGUCGGAUUCCUUUGUUCGGGAGCUCCGACUAUUCAUCUGCGAUGGAUGUCGUGUGCAAGAGGAUUGGGGUCACAGAGAAGUGCACUGAAGAAGGGUUCCAGAAUCAAGUCCUUCGGAAAGGGUGCGAGAAGCUCGGGCUAAAAGUUACUACUGUUCCAACAAAUUCACCAGAGGGACACUACUGCGGGUCUUGCUGUUAUGGGUGCCGUACUGCAGAGAAGCAUGGGACCGACUCGACUUGGCUUGUUGAUGCUGUCAAUCAUGGUGCAGUGAUCCUAACUGGAUGCCAGGCAGAUAGGCUAAUACUCGAGAAGAAUUGCAUAAGGAAGAGUGCAAGGAGGAAUAGAUGCGUUGGAGUAAUGGCAUCAAUACUGGCUUCACAUUGGAGCAAGAAUAAAAAUGCUGUGCUGAGAAAGCUCCAAAUCGAGGCGAAGGUGACGGUUUCAGCUUGCGGAGCCCUGUCAACACCGCCGCUGCUGGUCUCCAGUGGCCUGAAGAACCCGAACAUCGGGCGAAAUCUCCAUCUGCACCCUUGCCUGCUCACAUGGGGUUACUUCCCAGAAAAUGUGAAGGAGUUCAAAGGGAAAGUGUACGAGGGAGGGAUCAUCACAUCGCUCCACAAGGUGAUUCCCAAUGGCUCCUCCUCUGUCUCGGCCAUCAUAGAGACUCCUUCAAUGGGGCCAGGCCUAUACUCAGCCCUAUGCCCAUGGCUAUCUGGCCGUGACAUGAAGGAGAGGAUGGCAAAGUACUUGGGGACUGCACACCUCUUCACACUUGUCCGAGACUCAGGCUCGGGGGAAGUCCGGCAGCAGGGCAAGAUCCACUACACGCUGAGUCAGGUGGACAAGGAGAACUUGAGGGCCGGGCUAAGGCAGUGUCUCAGGAUCCUGAUUGCUGCAGGAGCAACAGAGGUGGGGACCCACAGAAGCGACGGGCAGAGAGUAAAGUGCGAGGGGAUAAAGGCUGAGGACGUAGAGGCAUUCUUGGACGAGGUUAUAGUUCCCGAUGGGCCUAGCUCGGGAGAUGAGAACUGGACGCUUUACUGCUGUGCACAUCCCAUGGGGAGUUGCAGGCUGGGAGCCACUGAGGAAGAAGGUGGAGUUGACGGGAAUGGUGAGAGUUGGGAGGCUGCAGGGUUGUUCGUGUGUGACGGUAGUUUGAUGCCCACUGCAAUUGGAGUCAACCCGAUGAUCACCAUUGAAUCCACCGCGUAUUGCAUUUCCAAGAAGAUUGCAGACUCCUUGAAAUAGGGAUUCAGGGAAUAACAUAAAUCCGUGUAAGCAGUUGGAAAUUUCUGUAUAAAUCACGGCAUAGUUUGGUUUUAUUUCUGUCUUUCUAAAAUAUAAGAAGAAAACGAACAUAAUGCAAAAUGAAUAUGUUUUCCAGCAUAAA